ACACCUCGCUGCGCAGCAUCCCGACCGGGAGGGGCUGCGCCCCAGGGCUGCGCCCACCAGUAUCCCAGUCUGAGGACGGCCCGCCGCUCUCCAUGGUACUGCGGAGAGCUCAGCUCCGCCCUUCUCUUUCGGAAGGACAGCACCCGGCGUCACGUAACCCAGCCUUCUCGGGCUCCACGACCGCCUCCUCCUUCCCAGCUCUUUCCCUCUCCUCCCCCUUCUACUCCCCUCCUUUGCCUGUUCUUCCCUCCCGCACUCCUGGAGAUAGACGCUUAAGCCUGACGCCUCUGAAAAGGCAGCAGCAGUCGCCUUCUGCACAGACCUCAGGAAAUUCGCUUUGACCGAUGCAUGCCUCAAGCUCUGGCUCGAGCUAAGGGGGAAUAACCGGGCAGAUUUCUGGGUCCUUAUAAAAAGACAAAAUAAAAUCAAAAUGCAUCACCGACACACAACCAAUUGAUAUGCUGGCAUCUUAGCUUGGCCUUGCAGAGGCGGAGAGGAAAGAAGAGGAGCUGUUGUGAUUUCCACAUCUAACAGCUUCUGGCUAUUUCACAGCAUCUGUGUUUGAACCCUACUGUUGGGGAGGGACAAAGAGAAGUAAAACCCAGCCUGUGAGGCCGCCGUGUGCAAGGAAUUCUGCUUUGGCUACAGUGGUACUGGAAGUCCAUGAUAUGACAGAAGAAGCAGGCCUUUGAAGCUCCUCUGGGGUUGAUAAGUGGUGCCUUAAAGAGGCAAGGGACCCCUUUCUCCCUUCUGGUUUGGGACACUACAUCUGGAGGAGAAACACUUGAGGCAUUACCAAGCAUUCAAGGACCCUGGUUCAUUGCUGGCUUCUUGUAAUUGCCUGGAAAGUGUGACUCGAACUGCUUCCCUUUUGCCUGGUACCACUGAUGGUACCUGGCAGAUGACGGUAUUUGAAGAGUGAAGCAUCUGUUGACACCACCGAUAAAUGGAUGCGUGAUUGCCCUUGACGUUCUGUUGACACCUUUUCCAGAGCGUUGCUUCCAAAGUGUAUCCUCCCUUUGGUCUGGAAGUUCUGUGGCUGCCCUGUACUACUGGGGUCUACGUUUUCCAGUUGGGAGGGGACUAUAGGGAGAGAGGGAGGGGUUGCUGGAAGAAGAAGAAGAAAAAAAGAGCUAGAUAAAGGAGGGUGCAUCCCUCCCACUCCUGCCCCUCCCCUUACCCGACUUAUUUCCGGAUCCCUAUUUCUGCAUCACGGUGUCCAGGACCAUUUUGACCCUGUCGGCCCCGGCACCCCCCCGCCGCACCCCAGCCCCGAGCAUGGGGACGGCGCUUCUCCAGCGCGGGGGCUGCUUUCUCGUGUGCCUUUCGCUGCUGCUCCUGGGCUGCUGGGCAGAGCUGGGCAGCGGGCUGGAGUUCCCGGGCGCUGAGGGCCAGUGGACGCGCUUCCCCAAGUGGAACGCCUGCUGCGAGAGCGAGAUGAGCUUCCAGCUCAAGACGCGCAGCGCCCGGGGCCUAGUGCUCUACUUCGACGAUGAGGGCUUCUGCGACUUCCUGGAGCUCAUCCUGACGCGCGGCGGCCGCCUGCAGCUCAGCUUCUCCAUCUUCUGCGCCGAGCCCGCCACGCUCCUGGCCGACACCCCGGUCAACGACGGCGCGUGGCACAGCGUGCGUAUCCGACGUCAGUUCCGCAACACCACGCUCUUCAUCGACCAGGUGGAGGCCAAGUGGGUGGAGGUCAAGUCCAAGCGCAGGGACAUGACGGUGUUCAGCGGCCUCUUCGUCGGGGGGCUGCCACCGGAACUGCGCGCCGCGGCGCUCAAGCUCACGCUGGCCUCCGUGCGGGAGCGAGAGCCUUUCAAAGGGUGGAUUCGCGACGUGCGGGUCAACUCCUCGCAGGCCCUGCCGGUGGACAGCGGCGAGGUGAAGCUGGACGACGAGCCGCCUAACAGCGGCGGCGGGAGCCCGUGCGAGGCUGGCGAGGAGGGCGAGGGCGGGGUGUGUCUCAACGGAGGCGUGUGCUCCGUAGUGGACGACCAGGCGGUGUGUGACUGCUCGCGAACCGGCUUCCGCGGCAAAGACUGCAGCCAAGAAGACAACAAUGUGGAAGGUCUGGCGCACCUGAUGAUGGGCGACCAAGGAAAAGAAGAAUACAUUGCCACUUUCAAGGGAUCUGAAUACUUCUGCUACGACUUGUCUCAAAACCCCAUUCAAAGCAGCAGCGAUGAAAUAACUCUGUCCUUUAAAACCCUUCAGAGGAAUGGACUGAUGCUUCACACUGGGAAAUCAGCUGAUUAUGUCAAUCUCGCCCUGAAAAAUGGAGCUGUCUCUCUGGUCAUUAAUUUGGGAUCAGGGGCCUUUGAAGCACUAGUGGAGCCCGUGAAUGGAAAGUUUAAUGAUAAUGCCUGGCAUGAUGUGAAAGUCACCAGGAAUCUGCGUCAGCACUCAGGCAUUGGACACGCUAUGGUAAACAAACUACAUUGUUCGGUGACAAUAUCAGUGGAUGGGAUUCUUACCACAACGGGCUACACGCAAGAAGAUUAUACCAUGCUGGGGUCUGAUGACUUUUUCUAUGUUGGAGGCAGUCCCAGCACAGCAGACCUUCCCGGGUCACCAGUCAGUAACAACUUUAUGGGCUGUCUCAAAGAGGUUGUGUAUAAAAAUAAUGAUGUAAGGCUGGAAUUAUCUCGACUUGCCAAGCAAGGAGACCCGAAGAUGAAGAUUCAUGGAGUGGUGGCCUUUAAAUGUGAGAAUGUUGCAACUUUGGACCCAAUCACCUUUGAAACCCCAGAAUCUUUCGUCUCUUUGCCUAAAUGGAAUGCAAAGAAAACAGGCUCCAUAUCAUUUGAUUUCCGCACGACAGAGCCCAAUGGCCUCAUCUUAUUUAGUCAUGGCAAACCACGGCACCAAAAAGAUGCCAAGCACCCCCAGAUGAUAAAGGUUGACUUCUUCGCUAUUGAGAUGCUGGAUGGCCACCUCUACCUCCUCCUAGACAUGGGGUCAGGCACAAUCAAAAUCAAAGCCCUGCAGAAGAAGGUGAAUGAUGGAGAAUGGUAUCACGUGGACUUCCAAAGAGAUGGACGGUCAGGUACCAUUUCUGUCAACACUCUGCGCACGCCCUACACUGCUCCUGGCGAGAGUGAGAUUCUGGACCUGGAUGACGAGUUGUACCUGGGGGGCUUGCCAGAAAAUAAGGCCGGCCUCAUCUUCCCCACCGAGGUGUGGACUGCGCUGCUCAACUAUGGCUACGUGGGCUGCAUAAGAGAUUUGUUCAUUGACGGCCAGAGCAAAGAUAUCCGGCAAAUGGCUGAAGUUCAAAGUACUGCUGGAGUGAAGCCGUCCUGCUCCAGGGAAACGGCAAAACCGUGCCUUAGCAACCCUUGCAAAAACAGCGGCAUGUGCAGGGAUGGGUGGAACAGAUAUGUCUGCGAUUGUUCCGGAACAGGCUAUCUUGGCAGGUCCUGCGAGAGAGAAGCAACGGUUCUGAGCUAUGAUGGGAGUAUGUUCAUGAAAAUCCAGCUCCCGCUGGUGAUGCACACAGAGGCUGAGGACGUAUCCUUACGGUUUCGGUCCCAACGCGCAUAUGGCAUUCUCAUGGCAACCACCUCCAGAGACUCAGCAGACACCCUCCGCCUGGAGCUGGACGCAGGACGUGUGAAACUGACGGUCAAUCUAGAUUGUAUCAGGAUUAACUGUAAUUCCAGCAAAGGUCCCGAGACCCUUUUUGCCGGCUAUAACCUCAAUGAUAACGAAUGGCACACAGUGCGUGUGGUUCGUCGAGGAAAAAGUUUAAAGUUAACGGUGGAUGAUCAACAGGCCAUGACAGGUCAAAUGGCGGGGGAUCAUACGAGGCUGGAGUUUCAUAACAUAGAGACUGGCAUCAUCACGGAACGCCGGUAUCUGUCUUCUGUUCCCUCCAACUUCAUUGGACACCUGCAGAGCCUGACAUUUAAUGGAAUGGCAUACAUUGACUUGUGUAAAAAUGGCGACAUAGAUUAUUGUGAGCUCAAUGCCAGGUUUGGCUUCAGGAACAUCAUAGCAGACCCUGUCACCUUCAAGACCAAAUCGAGCUAUGUUGCCUUAGCUACGUUGCAAGCCUACACUUCUAUGCAUCUUUUUUUCCAGUUCAAGACAACAUCCCUAGAUGGACUAAUUCUGUAUAACAGUGGGGAUGGAAACGACUUUAUUGUGGUUGAAUUAGUUAAAGGGUACUUACAUUACGUGUUUGAUUUGGGAAAUGGUGCUAACCUCAUCAAAGGGAGCUCAAAUAAACCUCUCAAUGACAAUCAGUGGCACAACGUGAUGAUAUCAAGGGACACCAGCAACCUCCACACUGUAAAGAUUGACACGAAAAUCACAACGCAAAUCACAGCGGGAGCCAGGAACUUGGACCUUAAGAGUGACUUGUAUAUAGGAGGAGUGGCCAAGGAAACAUAUAAAUCCUUGCCGAAACUCGUACAUGCCAAGGAGGGCUUUCAAGGCUGCCUGGCAUCAGUUGAUCUAAAUGGACGGCUUCCAGACCUCAUCUCAGAUGCUCUUUUCUGCAAUGGACAGAUUGAGAGAGGCUGUGAAGUUGCAUUGAUGAAAGCUGACUUGCAAGGGCCCAGCACAACCUGCCAGGAGGACUCAUGUUCCAACCAAGGCGUGUGCUUGCAGCAGUGGGACGGCUUCAGCUGUGACUGUAGCAUGACCUCCUUCAGCGGGCCACUCUGCAAUGACCCUGGGACAACGUAUAUCUUUAGCAAAGGUGGUGGACAAAUCACGUAUAAGUGGCCUCCUAAUGACCGGCCAAGUACACGAGCAGACAGACUGGCCAUAGGGUUUAGCACUGUUCAGAAAGAAGCUGUAUUGGUGCGAGUGGACAGUUCUUCUGGCCUGGGAGACUACCUAGAGCUGCAUAUACAUCAAGGAAAAAUCGGAGUUAAAUUUAAUGUUGGGACAGAUGACAUCGCCAUCGAAGAGUCCAAUGCAAUCAUUAACGAUGGGAAAUACCAUGUAGUCCGUUUCACGAGGAGUGGUGGCAAUGCCACGUUACAGGUGGACAGCUGGCCAGUGAUUGAGCGCUACCCUGCAGGAAACAAUGAUAACGAGCGCCUGGCGAUUGCUAGACAGCGAAUUCCAUAUCGACUUGGUCGAGUAGUUGAUGAAUGGCUACUCGACAAAGGGCGUCAGCUCACAAUCUUCAAUAGCCAAGCAACCAUAAUAAUUGGCGGGAAAGAGCAGGGCCAGCCCUUCCAGGGUCAGCUCUCUGGGCUUUACUACAAUGGCUUGAAAGUUCUGAAUAUGGCAGCCGAAAAUGAUGCCAACAUCGCCAUAGUGGGAAAUGUGAGACUGGUUGGUGAAGUGCCUUCCUCUAUGACAACUGAGUCGACAGCCACUGCCAUGCAGUCAGAGAUGUCCACGUCAAUUAUGGAGACCACCACGACCCUGGCUACUAGCACAGCCAGAAGAGGAAAGCCCCCUACAAAAGAACCCAUUAGCCAGACCACAGAUGACAUCCUUGUGGCCUCAGCGGAGUGUCCCAGCGAUGACGAGGACAUUGACCCCUGUGAGCCGAGCUCAGGUGGGUUAGCCAACCCAACCCGGGCAGGCGGGAGAGAGCCAUACCCAGGCUCAGCAGAAGUGAUUCGGGAGUCCAGCAGCACCACGGGCAUGGUUGUGGGGAUCGUAGCCGCUGCCGCCCUGUGCAUCCUCAUCCUCCUCUACGCCAUGUACAAAUACAGAAACCGGGAUGAAGGCUCAUACCACGUGGAUGAGAGUCGAAACUACAUCAGUAACUCAGCACAGUCCAAUGGGGCUGUAGUAAAGGAGAAACAACCCAGCAGUGCGAAAAGCGCCAACAAAAACAAGAAAAACAAGGAUAAAGAGUAUUACGUCUGAUCCCAAGAUCUGAAAAGGACCCUUGUAUAGAAAUAGUCUUCAUUUUAUCUGAGACAUAAUAUAAACUUAUUUACUUUCCUUUUUAUGAAGCACAUAAAAAAGAAGACAGGGAAUGCAAUCAGGAAGGAAAGACUGUUUUUAAAAAAUAAAAACAAAGUAUCUCAUGCUCUUGUUUCUCCAAAAAAGAAAAAAAAAAAAGCAGAGGUCAAUAAAUUCCCUAACAUCCACAGUGUUUUAAUUUACUCUGCCUGUCUUUAUGUUGCUGGAACAUUUCUAAAAGACAGUGGUGAUCGCACGCAUUCAUAAAGCAAAGGAGUAUUACAACAUCGGGAGGCACAACACAAAAACAACACAAAACACAACACAGAAAAAGAAGCUACCUGUGAUCCCGGAUUUAGCCAAAGUGCUAGCACUUUCCCGAGAGUCAAUUAGUCUGAUUGCCAGAGAAGACUGUCAUUUUGAGUGACUCGACCUGCAAACCUUUUCAGAGUUCGUCACCUGGCACAACUGGAGCAGUGGCUGGAACUUGCACUUGAAACAAAGUGCUGACUUUUUUGAAGACUUGUAUAGGAACACAUUCAAAAAGCCCCCUUCUGGUUGUGAGGGCAAAAAAACAAAGUAUGGAGGCCUUAUUUUCAACAAUGUGAAAGAUAAGGCACAUUUUCACACUAAAAUUUCAAAACAGAAAGAAAAAAACAAGAGGGUAUAGAUGCAAUCAUUGGGAAAUUUUCAUGCACGCUUAAUAUGUUAUUACAUGUGUUUAUAUAAAAUCCAUCUCUGUGUGCUUUCUGGACUGUGAUAAGUGACGUUUUAUAGCCUGUUGUAUAGAAAAUGCAAAAUAUAUCUCUGCUCUUCAGCCAUUUUUGGUAAAUUCAAUGUUAUAAGUGUUGCUAACUAUAGGGAGUUUUAUGACAUCAGAUCAACAAUUAUUUCAGGGUUUUCUUUUUUUGCCACCAUUAUAAAUUGCCACAAUUACUUACUUUUUUAAAAAAAAUUUACAAUGUAGUGUUUAUUCUAAGGAAGAUAUGUAUGAAUGUAUAUAAAAAGACUCAGCUACUUUUUUUUCCUUACAUGUACAGCCUUCAUUCUGUUGCAGUUAAGUUUUAGUAUUUGUAUGAAAGGUGUGAUUUAGAAGGUAAACUAUAUACAUAUAAUCUUCUCUGCUCCCCCAAAUACUCACAUUUCCCACAUACAUUCCUCAUUCACGAUCACAAAUCUGCGCACGCACACACACCCACACACACGCACACACACGCACACACAAAUCCAGAGGAAUCCAUCAGAUAGGAUGGAAGACCCAGACGUACAUGUAAUAGCAAAUAUUUACUGACAAGUUGAAAAGCAGAAAGGAAGAUCAUUGUGCCAACAUAUUGAUGACAAAUGGGGUGAUUUGCUUCAUUGAGAUCAUGCUCCCAGGAAACCUCCAGAUUUUAGUCCCUAAUGAAAUGGAACCUUUCCUUAUCAAAUAGACCAUCGAUGGUAUAUUGCUGCAUGAAUAUGAACCAUUAGGUGGGCAGGUAUGGAAGCAAAAUUGGUUGAUCUACACCUUAACCCUGGCUGCUGCAAAUGAAAACCUUUUGUCCAAUAAAAUUAUAUAUAUAUAUAUAUAUAUAUAUAUAUAUAUAUAUAUAGUCUCUGAACCUGACGUGCAUGAUAAACAUUUUUGGAAAGUAAACACUUUCUCAACUAAGAAAGUAUUUUCAGUAAUUUUUGAUUCUGUACUACUACCCAUUUAAGAAAAUCAUUAUUUGUUGAUUAUAGACUAUAAUUUAACUUUUCUGGUUUUACAUAUAUAUCAUUAAAUAUAGUUUUAGUUUAACACACAUUAAGUAGUAGAAAUGUAUAGAUUAUUCACUUGUUUUUGCAUAUUGUUUCAAUGAUGUUCAUAGCAAUAAAUUAUUAGUAUGAGAAGGAAAUGCAAUAUUAGAUUGGAAGGUGAUGCCUCAGUAAAAAUUGGUCGCAUUACUUUAACAUCUCCUAAAAGAAUGAUAUUAGAUAUCAUGGAAGAGAAGAAUACUUUUACAAUUAGCUUUAAUCAGAAAAGGCAAAAAAUGCAAAACAUCUUCUGUGAUACUUCAGUUGAUGAAAAAAGCCAAGACGUGGCCUGGAUUUCAGACAUACAGCACCUUAGAUAUAUGUAUAAUUCAUAGCAAAUCACCACCAUCUAUGGUUGCCAAGUAAUUGCUGUAUAUGAAAUGUCUUAAAGGGUUUUCAUGACCCAGAAAGUAGAGGUAUAAAACUAAAAUGUAUUAUCCAUUACUUGUGUUUCAGAUUUUCUUCUUUUUUAAUUUGCCAGGUUAAAGGAUUCAUAAGUUGUUGUUGUUUUCCUCUCAUCCAGUCUUACUCAGGGAGAGCCAGUGAAAUAGAAGGUAAAUAUAAAACCACUCAUUUACAUCUUGAGGUUUAAAACAAAAAUGGUUGCUUUUCCAUUUGAUCUACUGAACUUGAACUAGUUUCCAUCUGGGAAGAUUCUAAAUUGUGAUAGAAAAUAACUUAAAUAAUGGUAUUUUUAAGCAGUAUAUCUCUGAAGCAUGUUGUUUGGAACUGAUUUCAGUGUUUCUUUCCAGCAUAAAUUUUAAACUUUCGUGCAAUAUUGUCGGUAAAAAUAUUUCUAAUGUUAUUGGCCUACACAAAAUCUAGCAUUUUUUUUUUUCUUUUUUUCUUCUUUCUUUCUUUGUAAAUGUGGAAAGAAAAGAGAGGAACACGAGCUAGGGAGAGAAAAGAUAUGAAUAAAAUCCCAAGUAUCUUCAUACCAAAUGUAUCAGGGUUCCAUGCAUAGUUGGCAGUUAAUAGAGGAUUUAACACUACCUGGCAUAAAUUUGAUUACAUCUCUAGACUGUAACUUUUCUGAUUGAAUAUGCUUCUUUUUUAUCCAUGUAAUGUGUUGCCUUUAAAAAAAAAAUACUACAAUAAUGUGUGAGGUGGUCAAUCCCUAAGAUAUCAAAGAAAGGCCACAUGACCCUACCCUUCUAGUGCUUUGUGUGAUUGGGUACCUAAGGGUUUUGUUUUGUUUUGUUUUUCUGUUGCAAGGCCAACUUAUCCAUUAUUGGAAAUGCUAAGCAAGUGGAAUUUACUGUUUUGUUAAUAAAAUAUUUCUUAAUACAA